CGGAGCCGAGCGGAGCGGGGCGGGCGCCGGGCGGGAGCCCUGCAGAAGGCUUCCUGAUCGCUGAAGCUGACGUAACUGCCCAGAUGGACCAAGAAGAACAAGAUCAUGAGGCCUUGGAGGAGACACACAUGGGUGGUGAGCUAGGUCCCCUUCCAUACCACCUUGCAAGCACAGAUCAGCAGGACAUGUUGGCAGCAGGGUCCAGAGGAGGAGAGGAGCAGCUGGGGGACAGCCAUGGAAGUCUGUGUGAUUUCCCAGAGGUGCAGCAAGGUGACCGUGAGGAGGAAGAGGAGGUGAAGCUGAAGCUGCCUUGCUCUGAUGUGGCCCUGGUGAAAAGACAGGCCAGAAGGGUGGCAGCAGCCUCCCGGCGAGUCCCUGGGGUAGAGCGACCCACCAUCUGCUCUGAGUGCGGCAAGGGCUUCAGUCGGAGCAUCCACCUCAUCCAGCACCAGCGAAUGCACACUGGGGAGCGCCCGUUCCUCUGCGGGGAGUGUGGCAAGGGCUUCAGCCAGAGCUCCCACCUCAUCCAGCACCGGCGGGUCCACACGGGCCAGAAACCUUACACCUGUGCUGAGUGUGGGAAGAGCUUCAGCCAGAGCUCCAACCUCCUCAAGCACCAGCGCAUCCAUACUGGGCUCAAACCCUAUGUGUGCAGCGAGUGUGGGAAGAUCUUCAGCGACAGCUCCACCUGCAUCAAGCACCAGCGUAUGCACACCGGUGAGCGGCCCUACAAGUGCCCAGCCUGCGGGAAAAGCUUCAGCCAGCAUUCCCACCUCCUUCAGCACCAGCGCGCCCAUGAUGGCAUCCGACCUUACGCUUGUGGGCAGUGUGGCAAACGUUUCGGGCAGAGCUCUGACCUCAUUAACCAUGCUCGUACCCACACUGGUGAGAAGCCUUACAAAUGCAGCCAGUGCGGGCGGGGUUUCAGCGGGAACUCCAACCUGAUCAAGCAUACCCGCAUCCACACCGGGGAGCAGCCGUACCACUGCACCCAGUGUGGGGAAAGCUUCCGGUUCCAGCCCCAGCUGGUGCGCCACCAGAAGCACCAUACAGCGUAGACACUGGAAAGGAGAAGGCCAUGUGGACCAUGGGCAGCUACCUGGUGUUGGCAAGACACAGCUGCUUCUGGACACCUCACACAAGGGGGCUGAAUUCUGGGGGAGGGAGCCCUCAGCGCUUGUGCUCUUUCCUUCUGGGUAGAUCUGUUUGUGAGCCCUGCCCAGAGACUCGAGCAAAGAGGGAGGCCACUGCUGAAUGAAAUAGUGCAUGUUCACUGCAGUGCAGUGGUUGUUCUGAGCCCCUCUUCUGGGGUCGGGGUAAAGAAAGGUGCUUACAGUAUGGUACGUUUGAGGCCAGAGUGAACGUAGAAAUGUUCCAAGGAUCCGUGCCUUUUAUUUCUAAUGGGGAGUAAUUUUUGUCUGUACCUGUUUUCUGUACAAGCUGCCUGGGCUUUGCCCUCGCAGUAAGGCCACGGCCCGGAAUGAUUGCUGCCCUGAGAAUCCACAUCUCGCACUUGCCAGUGCUCUUGGGUUUAGGCAGUGUUAGCAUCUAUUUAUUUCAAAACCCCACAGCACUGUGCUGGGUGCCCCUAAGUAUGUGUCGUGGGCCCAGCUGAUGGUCUGUCAGGGCCAAGUCUAUGGAACAGAAUUUUUGCUGGGUUGUAUGGUUGUUAAAUUGACAUUUCCACAAUUUACACUGCUGUUUGACAGCUUAGUCCUCAGCAGCAAUUAAGUAAAUUAGCAUCCUAAUAGGUAUUUUUCUCAGAUCCUUGCUUAGGUGCUUUCGUGGGUGGCACUUUAUGAAUGUUUUUAUAAGACUUUUAAAAGUGUUACAGAUUACUUUUUUAAUUGUGAUCUUCUAAUUGUCAUUUGAUGAACAGAAAGAAGACGAUGUGUGAAAAAUGAGCUAUGUCAAACUUUGAUUUUGUAUUAAAUGUUAAACAUUUUUUCUUGCAU